GUGAAAGUUGGUGACCUUACGGAAAUCCAAAGCUCUGAAACGCAAUACAGUCGCCGAUUCCACGCCCUCCCUGUCGCAUUAAACUUACAACGAGCGCCACACCAAGAUGUCUGGGUACGGUCAAGCCUCCACAGGAAGCGGCAACGUCCAGCAGGAAGUCGACAAGCCAGUCCAGUACAUCUGCGGUGACUGCGCCUUCAAGGUAGUGCUCAAGCGAGGCGAUCCCAUCCGCUGCACUGACUGUGGAUAUCGCGUGUUGUAUAAGGAGAGGACAAAUAGAAUGGUUCAGUUCGAGGCUCGGUAGACUUCUCUGAACAUGGUACGGAAAAGCAUACUAUGCUGCUGAGACGAGGCUCGGCUCAAUACGUCGUGAUGCACGCUGUUUAGGCGCUGGAAAUGUUACAGGGUGCAGAAAGUUGAUCUGGUCAGAAUCACUUCGGAGGCUAUGAGCCGAGGCGUUUCCAGCAGGCACAUCUACGCAGCAAAAGUAAGGAUCAAGGGAUGUUGAAGCGUUCAAGUAAAUUCCUAGUGAUGUUGCAUCAUUUGCAAGCAUAGUUUUAUUACGAACCAAAUCCCAUUCCUUUGACUUCAUCGUCA